CUCCACUCCACAUCUCCUCCGAUCCGAGCCCACUCCCUCUUCACCAGUCAAGCCAAUGAGUUUCAACUGAGAAAGGGAGCGGAUUAAACAAGUAUUUUACGGAGUAAAGAACAACUGCAGGAAUCUGACUCAGUCAGCUAAAAGCCCAACCCCACCAUCUUCAUGUCCUGUCUUCACUGUUGAGGUGAGAUGACAUCCCUUACAAGGAAAUAGCUCUGACAGGCAGCAAUAACAGCUUGGCUUCAGUUUAGUCCCCUGGGACUCAACAAGAAUCUCUGUUUUUGUGACAUCUAUACCAAGUCAAAAGGCCCUGUCUCCUGUUGGCAGCUCCUCUCACCUUGAACCAGGAUGAAUGAUGUUCAGGAGGCCACCUCCCCUGCGACCAGCCUGAGCGGUCCAGCUACCUGUGUCUCCAAAGUGGAGCUGCGGGUGUCAUGCAAAGCUCUGCUGGACCGAGACACACUGAAUAAGUCAGACCCCUGUGUGGUACUCAUGGUACAAAACAAUGGACAGUGGAUAGAGCUGGACAGGACAGAAGUGAUCAAGAGCAACUUGCAUCCAGUCUUUGGGAAGGUUUUUUGUCUGGAUUACUACUUUGAGGAGGUGCAGAAGCUGAGGUUUGAAGUCUACGACAUCCAUGGCACUCACAGCAUCGGGACCCGUGACGAUGAUUUUCUUGGAGGCAUAGAGUGCACACUUGGUCAGAUCGUGGCCCAAAAGAAGAUGGUGAAGCCUUUGUUGCUGAAGUACGGGAAAUAUGCUGGAAAAUCCACCAUUACAGUGCACGCUGAGGAAAUUUCUGGCAAUAAUGGUUAUGUGGAGCUCUGUUUCUGUGCCAAGAAACUUGAUGAUAAGGAUCUCUUCAGCAAGUCAGACCCAUUUCUGGAAAUAUUUCGAAUCAAUGAUGAUGAAACUGAACAGCUUGUCCACAGAACUGAGGUGAUUAAAAACAACCUGAAUCCAGUUUGGGAGCCCUUCAAAGUGUCACUCAUGUCUCUGUGCAGCUGUAACGAAGAGCGGAAGCUCAAGUGCCUAGUGUGGGAUUAUGACUCCAGGGGGAAGCAUGAUUUCAUCGGCGAGUUCUAUGCCACUUUCAGGGAAAUGCAGAAAAUUUCCAGUGGAAAUAAGGUUUCGUGGGACUGUGUGAAUCCUAAGUACAAACAGAAGAAGAGAAACUAUAAAAAUUCAGGAGUUGUCAUUCUCAGUGACCUUAAGCUCCACAGAGUGUACUCCUUCUUAGAUUACAUCAUGGGAGGAUGCCAAAUUCAUUUUACGGUUGCCAUUGACUUUACAGCAUCCAAUGGAGACCCCAGGAACAGCUGCUCACUGCACUACAUCAAUCCAUACCAGCCAAAUGAGUACCUGAAGGCUCUGAUAGCAGUGGGGGAGAUCUGUCAAGACUAUGACAGUGACAAACGAUUUUCAGCUUUGGGUUUUGGUGCCAGAAUCCCUCCAAAUUAUGAAGUGUCACAUGACUUUGCAAUUAAUUUCAACCCAGAGGACGAUGAAUGUGAAGAGAUCCAAGGGGUGGUUGAAGCAUACCAGAACUGCCUUCCAAAGAUCCAAUUGUAUGGCCCAACAAACGUUUCUCCGAUCAUUAACAGGCUAGCCAAGUUGGCAGCAGGCGACGGGAACAUUAAAGACGCUUCUCGGUACCACAUCCUGCUCAUCCUCACGGAUGGUGUAGUGACAGACAUGGCUGACACACGUGAAGCCAUCGUUCGAGCCUCCUACCAGCCGCUCUCUAUCAUCAUUGUUGGUGUGGGCAACGCAGAUUUCACAGACAUGCAGAUUUUGGAUGGGGAUGACGGAGUCCUGCGCUCACCAAAGGGCGAGCCUGUCCUCAGGGACAUUGUUCAAUUUGUGCCCUUCAGAGAUUUCAAAACUGCUUCACCUGCAGCCCUGGCCAAAUGUGUUCUGGCAGAAGUACCUGGUCAAGUGGUGGAGUACUUUAGCCAUAAGGCCAUCUCCCCUAUGAGCCCAAUGAGGGAAUUACUGAGUCCUAUCCUCAGUCCAGUGGCCACCACCCCAACAGAAUAACUGUUUGCCCUGUCCACGUGACCGAGCUUUGACCACACAAUUAGUCCAGCAGACUAAGCGAGGAAGAGGAUGCAUGCCUCACCACUUUGGACAAGAACUGAAGAGAAAAUCCUUCUAAGUGUAUUGUUGCUUAUUUUCUCAUUUUUCACUCUAAGCAAAAUGUUUACACAUGGACAAAAUUACAGAGAUUGUGGGUUAUAUUUCUGUGCUCAGUGUGGUUUGAGCACAUCCUUGCCGCUGUGCAAAGUAACCAUCCAGCUGUUUCAGCGCCAUGAGUCUUGGAAGAUUAUGUCUUCCUUCCUUUAUGUUUUGAUGCAUGCAGGCUUAUCCUUCAGUGCUGAUCUACUGAUUGGAUGUAGGCUUUUUAUUCCUUAUUGCCCAUUUAAAUCUAUCCCUUCAUCUCAUGUGUCACUUUCCUUAUGUCACAUGUUCCCAUCAUAUUGAAGUGUGGUGCAAUCAGUCUUAGAAUGUUUGACUUGAAAAUAUUUAAUCAAGACAAAUGAAUCAGAAAAUGCUGCAGCUUUAAAUUCAGACUCAUAAUUACACUGAGCUUCCCUCACAUGUCAGAGGAUGUCUGGCUGCAGGAUUGGCCUUAUUUUGAAUAAAAAACUUUUCUAAAUACACAGAUCAUAAUUUCAAGUCCGCCCACAAUGAGGUCAGAUUGGAAAAGACUGUAAAUGUACAUUUUUUUCUGGUUAAGUUUACUUCCUAAUACAGUCUAUUAAGACCUAGAGUUUUGUUCUAACUUUUUUUUCAAGAAAAAAAAUAACUAAAUAAUCCCCUGUAAUAACUGUGAAUAGCACCAUUUCUUUGGAACAAAUACAAAGACAGACAAUGAUGAUGUGGACUGACAGUUCAUCGAGACUGCCAAAUUGAUGUAAUUUGUGUACAAUAAUUAUUUAAAUAGCCCUAAUGAAUCAAUGCCUAUACUUAGAAAAACAGCAGCUUUUUGUGUGUGGCUUUAACGCAUCACCUCCUCCAUGAAAUGUUUGUGAAACCGCUAGUGACAUAAUAGCUUCAGGAAUUUUAAUAUAUGCUGUUGCCUUAGCUCUUUGUAAGCUUUUCAUUCAAAAUUUACAGCAAAUCAGACAACGAUCAGUCAGCCAAACUGGAAUGAUGUUUUCCAACAAGAGGUGAUCAAUGAUUGCACUCACUUUCUGGUCGACUGUCAAGUGACUGUAGUAUAAGCUGUGAAAACCAUGCUUCAUGUCAGGUUAUUUCCCUCUGAACUGUUGCUGUCAUCCCUUUGACAGUCAUCAUGCAAGCAGUACCCUUCAGGUUUUUGUGGUAAAUUUAAUUUUUGCAGAUAUACUGAAUUUUCCCUUUUGCUGCUUUUUACAUGCAAUGUAAUUCUACUCGAUAUUUUAAGUGAAACCUAACUGGUGUAAAUUUUAAAUCAAAUGGAAACACAUUCACAUUUACUUUAAUUACAUUUACAUCAGACUAAUAAAUUCUUGGUAUUUAUUAUUA